AUGUCAUACAGCAACUACUACUACAAUGACAGCUCUGGCCCUCAGGACCAUAACGCUCAAUUUAACUAUGGGCAAAGCGAUGAGGACCAGACGACCGGCUACCCGUCCUAUCACGACGCACAGCAGGGUCCCGUGGAGAAACAUCUCAGAGCUCAUGUCAAGCCCGUCCUCUGCCCGUUCAAGUUCAGCCCCAUCACCCCCAUGUGCCGCCACCAGACGGGGGAGCAGCGCGACAUGAGGCGCCAUGUCUUUUCUACCCACCGUCGCUGGGCCGAGACGAACCUCAUUAAAGAUGAGUUGAUUAGGUGCUCUCUGUGCGAAGUCACCUUCACGAGACAUGACAAUUUGUUGAGGCACAUCAAUAAUGUGCACGGGAAUGAUGGACAGGAAUGAUGCACGAGUAUGUAUGAUGCAUGAGAAUGUAUGAUACAUGAGCAUGCAUCAUGCUCUUUUUUUUUUUUUUUUUUUUUU